GGAGACAUGAAAAGACAGACGUCGAAAGGCCCGUGAGAGGCCCAAAUAGACAGAAAGUGAUUUGAGUAAGAGACCACGUGCUCCUGCAAGACCGCAAAGAGCCAACGAGAAGGAAGAGAUGAAGAAAUGGUGCCCCGCCUGAAGCACCACCGCGUUGGUCUGGAAACUUUAAGAAGAGAGCUCCAGCUCGUCGACGUUUCUACCGCCUCUCCGUCGCCUUCGCUUUCUGUCAAGGACUCUUGGAAGGGAACUUUCCAUGUGGAUUUAGACGACAGUCGCGACUUCAGCUAUACCAAUUACCAAUCGAUUACUGUAGGAGACAAGAUUCCAGGCUUCAGAACUUCUGCCGCAUUCUUUACUUCUCUCCGAACCAAUCUUUACCUGGGCACAUCACCCCCACCUUCACCAAUGUCGACACCACCCAGCAUGAGGGCGAGUGCCUCUUCGAUCGGCCCACCCUCACCCUUGCAAAAUGCAAUUGACAACACCUCGGACGUACCAGAAGGACCUCUUGCAGGUGUUCCAGAACUCCGAACAUAUGUCGCAGAGACAGAAGAGGAAAAGUUGGCUGCAUUGAAGCUGGUCGCAGAUGGCGUCGCACAAAUGCGUCAAACGGCGAAUCGCAUUCUGAUGUACAAUCCCUACAACCUGGCUGCUUUCUUCGCCUUCUUGGCUGUGGUCAGCAACUACCUCUAUAAGAGCCGCUCCGACAUUGGUAUCCUGUUUACCACUUCUGCCGGUCUGUUGAUGGCAGCCAUGGUCACAGUCCGCCGCUACACCAACCCAUAUAUCGCAAUCGCCGAGGAAACACAUAUCAGCUUACUUGACGAUGCCGAUGUCUUGGUGACGAAGUUUGGUGAAGAGGUCAUUGGAACUGUCAUCAUGGGCUGGGUGGACGGAGAGACCAAGGGCAAGAGGCGUAAGUGGAGAGCAGAGAUCAGAGGAUGGGCAGUAAGACUGCGAUACCGUGGCAAGGGCGAGGGUAUGGCUCUGCUCACAGAGGCCGUCAAUCUGGCCAAGAAGAAGGAUGCAGAUGGCAUUGAGUUUGCGCCCGACCACGCAAAUUCGAAACGAGUUCUUUGGGAUUUCUACAACGGAAAUUUCGACAAGCAAGAGAGGAAGGCAGAAGCCAAACUACAGGCUUUGUGGGAGAACAACACAAAGUCGAAGCGAAGAUGAGCAUCUUUAUUUCUCGUCGCAUUUGCACUCUGAUACCCACCUUUUCAAUUCAAUCCAAAUCAAUUCAAUGGCUCCCAUUCUCCACAGCCUUAUGCUUGAUGGUCAAGUCAAUUGCAAAUCUUCAUCCAGUCGAAGACGAAAGUGCCAAGACACGCUGGUGGAAACCACGAAGAUUUGGGAGUCGCAGCUCAAGCCACGCCAAUCAGUACUCCUAGGAAAGAACGAACAGAGCACAAGUCUGUAACAAGACCGCGCUUGGGCACUCUUAUCGUCAAAGACACCAGAUCCAAACCCAAAGCGUGCUUUGUCCAACUGUCCUGGUCGAGACCGUCAGUGGAAAGCAGACACCACCGUUGCAAGUCUCACUACAACCCCGGACACAUUUUCACUCGAUUUCUUUUCGAAGCACGCGCACCAUGGAGAUUAUUUAUGCGACUCGUACACAUCUACACUUGUCCAUACAUCUUAAUGUGCAG